AUGAGCUCGAAGCUCUACUCUCGCUCUGGAGUGUUUUCAUGGAGUCCACGUGGCAUUCAGUCUAAGGGUUUGAUUGUCGCUGACUUUGCACAAUUUUUCGACCCAAAUGCAGCGUCAGUUGAACAAAAAAUUGAUUUUUUGGCUGCGAGUGAUAUAUAUGAAAAAGCGCAGUUGACCCCAAAUGUCUCCCUUCCAACUAAUUAUCGAUUCAAUGAGUUAUCAUGGACAUCGAUGUGCUCGGAUGCCCAUCCAAAUGGAAUAGUUGCCGGUGGAACUGAAGAUGGAAGCGUCGUUUUUUUCGAUGCAGAUAAAUUUAUCAGUGGGCAAAAACUGGAAGUGUUGUCAGCUCGAAAAGAUCAUCAUGGACAUGUACUGACGAUUGAUGUAUCAAAAGAUGGAAGGUGGAUGGCCUCUGGUGGAGGAUCCGGGCAGAUUCUACUCUGGGAUUGUGCAAAUUUGAAAACACCGUUUUCUCCAGGAGCACCUAACUUCCCAGAUCAAGUGAAGCUUUUGCGGUGGAACCAUAAAAAUGAGUCUGUUUUCGCUUCUAUAUCGUCGAGAAGAGUCAGCUUCUGGGAUUUACGGAGAAACGGAUCUCCCGUAUUGGAGUUUGCAGAGGUAAUCCCCGGUUGUGACUGGUCAUCCAUGUGUUGGAAUCCGUCUGAUGCAUCGCAGCUGAUGGUUGCCAGUCAGUCUCAAAAUGCUUCAGUCGUGCAAAAAUGGGAUUCUAGGUUCACACAGACACCAGUGAAAGAAUAUAGACAUCACAAUAUGGGUGUGACUAGUCUUGAUUGGAACAAAUCAGAUGACCGUCUCCUAAUUUCGUCUGGAUGUGAUGGUCAAAUCGUCAUCUGGAAUCAUGAGACAUCUGAAGUACUAGGCGGCGUUGGAAGUUUAACGGGAGAUUGGAUCAGAAGUGUGAAAUGGAACGAGGAAGAACCCGCUCAGUUUGCUAUUCAAUAUUUCCAACACCCAAUUCAAAUCUCCUCUUUAACUAGUCUCGGUGUUCCUCAACCAGGAGCUGAGGUUCUAGCUGCACGAGUCUCCGAUCAAUUUGUUCCUGCCUGGCAUCGCGCUCCUCUCAUCGGAUCUUCUGUAUCUCUUGGUGGGAGGUUGGCUACAUUCUGGAAGUCCUAUGAUGUGAUGACUCAACAAUUUCAGCAUAAUGUUGAAGUAGAAACGAUAGGUAUUCAAGAAGACGUUGGUGUGGAAGAUAUUGCACAGUAUUUGCACGUCAAAGAUGACAAAAGGAAUUUAGGAUGGUAUCUACAUGAGAGAGCUUAUGCGCAGUCAACCGACUCUUCCGAAGAUGCUGAAUUACAACAGAAAGUUUGGCUGAUCCUUCUUGCACUACAAGAAGGAGCCGGAAGAACGAAAAUGCUCAGUUAUUUGGGACUUGUAGAACCUCCGAACGAUGAUGUAUUUUCGGAUCACAAUCCAACGACUCACACGAAUUCACAAACGACAACGCAACCAACUACAACAACCGAUCGCUCAGCACGCAGCACUUCGAUUGUUUCAGCAGCAGAAACAGAUAACGAUGUGCCGGAAAUCUCUGUGAUCGAUAAGUUCUCUGAAGUGAACUGGGCUGCGUUGAACACCUCCGGAUGGGAUCUUCUGGUGAACACAAUGCGACAGGACCACCUUGCAGUUAUACGCGUUUUGAUGUCAUCAAAUCAACAUGUUGCUGCGAUGAUGUACUCAGCUCAGCAUGAUACUGAACAUUUGUCUAUGAUCUUGGAAGACUAUAAUAGAGUAACACAAAACUCUAAUACACUUUCUGCAUUGACUUUGGCCCUCUCUGCUUCGGCAUCAGCUGGUCGCACAGAGACACCUUCGCAGCACAAUUCAACAAGAGAAGAAACCAUUCACAAAGUUAACAAAAUCUGUGAAACCUUCCCCGAUGAAAAAUGGAGAGAACUACUCGGCCUAAUUAUUGCUCAUGAAACGAAUACAGAGGAUAUUCGGCUUUCCGCCACAACUAUCGGGCAAAAAUGGCUUAGUCGAGGAAAAAAUCUCCGAGCAUGUAUUGCGUUCCUGAUUGGCGGCGAUAUUGAUCAACUUCUGCUUUCAAACACUUCCUUCUCACAAGUCGAUCGCUUGAAGCAGGCACUGGUUCUCCAUCAAGUCUUGAAAGCUACUUCCUAUUCACAAGGACUGGAAGAAGUAAUUGAGGCACUGAUAAUCGACUUCACCAAUCGUCUUCUCACUCAAGGCGCGGGUUCUACUGCGUGGAAUUUAGUUAAAUGGUGUCAGGACGGAUCAGCUGAAAUGCAAGAACUUCAAUGGACGUGUUACAAUGUGGCCGGGGGUCGUGAUUGCACUGGAGAUCAACCUCCUCUGAACCCAUACAACAUUAGCCAAAAACAAAUUCAAAACCAUCAAAGUCCAAACCAUCCUAUGAGACCGUUCCAGCAACAGCCACACCCAUCUGUUCUUGCACCACCGGUUAUUGCGAACGGGUUCAAUCCGUAUAAUCCCGCUCAAUCACAAUCACCACCUCCUCCAAAUGAUUAUAUGAGCAACCGCAGAAGUUCCAACAUUGCACCGAUGCCUCCCUCUUCAACAUUUUAUCAAACACCUUCCUGGAAUCAUAAGCCGCUACAGCCACCGUCAAUGCCUCCAAAUAUGCCACCACCUAAACCAGCGGCUCCUGUCACACCCGGAUGGAAUGAUCCACCACCAAUGGCACUGAAAAGUGCUCAUCCAACAGCGCCGAAGCAGAACGUCAUGGAGAUUAAUUGGAAACCGGUUGAAACUGCUCCAGCACCUGGUGGAAUGAUGAGGGGUCAGCAAAUGAAUGGAUUCAGUGGAGGAAUGGGCUAUCAAAAUGUAAUGAGCAAUGGUAUUCAAGGAAUUACUAUUAACAAUCAACCACCUUCUGCCACAUCCUCUUCUUUCCCAUCCCCAACCGCCUACCAGCAACGACCGGCAUCUGUCGCAUCAGUUUCCGCACCACCCCCAAUUCAGCUGACUCCCGAAGACGAAAAAAUUGUGGGACCUAUCAAUGCGCUUGCUCAAUCCAUCAUAGACAAUGCUCGAGUUCAAGCAAGAAUGGAGAAAGCAAAGGAAUUCAAAACCCGUAUUCAGGCUGAGCUGUCACCAAGACUUGCGGCUAAUCGACUUUCUGUUGAAACAAAACAACAUUUGACUCAUUUGGCCUACUUCAUUGGAAUGCGUCAAAUCCGCGAAGCUCAAGCUGUUGUUUCUCAAAUGGCUCGAAACUCGAGUGAUUUUACAGAGAUUUCGUCGUUCCUACCGGCUUUGAAGUCACUUCUCUCGCUUGCUCUUCAGUAA